CAAAGCCACUGUAUUCCACUGUCUCCCUCAGCUCAGCUCCAUUCUACCAGGGGAUAUUGAGCCACCGCACCGAGUCAGGGUCUGAACCAACCAUGGCCAAGCUUCUCGCAGCUGUCAGAGGGACCAUUGAGGCCUUCAACCUCUACAGAAGCCAGAGCUCAUCCUGCAACUCGCUGAGCCCCGAGGAGUUCAAGAGACUGAUUGAGAAAGAGUUUGUGGAUAUUAUUAAGGAGUCCAAACAACCUGAAACUAUUAAGAAAGUUCUACAAUCUUUAGAUACAAAAAGUCAGAAGGAAGUAAAUUUUAAAGAUUUUAUGGAAAUUUUCAAAAAUGUGUCGGUAGCCUAUUAUGAUGCUUCAUGUCAGCUCCCAAAAGAGAAGGAAAUGAUUGUAAAAGAACACAAAGAACAACUUCUUCCAAAAAUUCCUCCUGAAGAUCCAAUGGAUCCUAAAGGCAAAACAAAGAAAGAUGAUCAUGCACAGCAGUCUGAACCCAAGCAGAAACCAGUUACACCAGUAAAAGAUGACCAUCCUCAUAAAGAGCCAAUAAAGAAAGACGAUCAAGCACAGAAAUCAGAUCCCAAACAGAAACCAGCUGCACCAGUAAAAGUGGAUAUUCCUCAUAAAGAUGAGCCAAUAAAGAAAGACGAUCAAGCACAGAAAUCAGAUCCCAAACAGAAACCAGCUGCACCAGUAAAAGAUGACCAUCCUCAAAAAGAUGAGCCAAUAAAGAAAGACGAUCAAGCACAGAAAUCAGAUCCCAAACAGAAACCAACUGCACCAGUAAAAGAGGACCAUCCUCAUAAAGAUGAGCCAAUAAAGAAAGAUGAUCAAGCACAGAUAUCAGAGCCCAAGAAGAAACCAGAUUCACCAGUAAAAGAUGACCAUCCUCAAAAAGAUGAGCCAAUAAAGAAAGACGAUCAAGCACAGAAAUCAGGUCCCAAACAGAAACCAGCUGCACCAGUAAAAGUGGAUAUUCCUCAUAAAGAGGAGCCAAUAAAGAAAGACGAUCAAGCACAGAAAUCAGAUCCCAAACAGAAACCAGCUGCACCAGUAAAAGAUGACCAUCCUCAAAAAGAUGAGCCAAUAAAGAAAGACGAUCAAGCACAGAAAUCAGAUCCCAAACAGAAACCAACUGCACCAGUAAAAGAGGACCAUCCUCAUAAAGAUGAGCCAAUAAAGAAAGAUGAUCAAGCACAGAUAUCAGAGCCCAAGAAGAAACCAGAUUCACCAGUAAAAGAUGACCAUCCUCAAAAAGAUGAACCAAUAAAGAAAGAUGAUCAAGCACAGAAAUCAGAUCCCAAACAGAAACCAGCUGCACCAGUAAAAGAUGACCAUCCUCAAAAAGAUGAGCCAAUAAAGAAAGACGAUCAAGCACAGAAAUCAGAUCCCAAACAGAAACCAGCUGCACCAGUAAAAGAGGACCAUCCUCAUAAAGAUGAGCCAAUAAAGAAAGAUGAUCAAGCACAGAUAUCAGAGCCCAAGAAGAAACCAGAUACACCAGUACAAGUGGACAUUCCUCAUAAAGAUAAGCCAAUCAAGAAAGAUGAUCAUGCACAGAUAUCAGAGCCCAAGAAGAAACCAGAUUCACCAGUAAAAGUGGACAUUCCUCAUAAAGAUGAGCCAAUCAAGAAAGACGAUCAUGCACAGGUUUCAGAGCCCAAGAAGAAACCAGAUACACCAGUACAAGUGGACAUUCCUCAUAAAGAUGAGCCAAUCAAGAAAGACGAUCAUGCACAGGUAUCAGAGCCCAAGAAGAAACCAGAUUCACCAGUAAAAGUGGACAUUCCUCAUAAAGAUGAGCCAAUCAAGAAAGACGAUCAUGCACAGGUUUCAGAGCCCAAGAAGAAACCAGAUACACCAGUAAAAGUGGACAUUCCUCAUAAAGAUGAUCCAAUUAAGAAAGACGAUCAUGCACAGAUAUCAGAGCCCAAGAAGAAACCAGCUGCACCAGUAAAAGAUGACCAUCCUCAUAAAGAUGAGCCAAUAAAGAAAGACGAUCAUCAACAGAAAUCAGACCCCAAACAGAAACCAGCUGCACCAGUAAAAGAUGACCAUACCCAUAAAGAUGAGCCAAUAAAGAAAGACGAUCAAGCACAGAAAUCCGACCCCAAACAGAAACCAGCUGCACCAGUAAAAGAUGACCAUCCUCAUAAAGAUGAGCCAAUAAAGAAAGACGAUCAAGCACAGAAAUUCGACCCCAAACAGGAACCUGCUGCACCAGUAAAAGAUGACCAUCCCCAUAAAGAUGAGCUAAUAAAGAAAGACGAUCAAGCACAGAAAUCAGACCCCAAACAGAAACCAGCUGCACCAGUAAAAGAUGACCAUCCUCAUAAAGAUGAGCCAAUCAAGAAAGACGAUCAUGCACAGAUAUCAGAGCCCAAGAAGAAACCAGAUACACCAGUAAAAGUGGACAUUCCUCAUAAAGAUAAGCCAAUCAAGAAAGAUGAUCAUGCACAGAUAUCAGAGCCCAAGAAAAAAACAGAUUCACCAGUAAAAGUGGACAUUCCUCAUAAAGAUGAUCCAAUUAAGAAAGACGAUCAUGCACAGAUAUCAGAGCCCAAGAAGAAACCAGAUACACCAGUAAAAGUGGAUAUUCCUCAUAAAGAUGAGCCAAUAAAGAAAGACGAUCACGCACAGAAAUCAGACCACAAACAGAAACCAGUUGCACCAGUAAAAGAUGACCAUCCCCAUAAAGAUGAGCCAAUAAAGAAAGACGAUCAAGCACCGAAAUCAGACCCCCAACAGAAACCAGCUGCACCAGUAAAAGAUGACCACCCCCAUAAAGAUGAUCCAAUUAAGAAAGACGAUCAUGAUUCUAUACAUAAACAAGAUGAAUCCACAAAACCGAAACACAGUGUAAUUCCAGAUAUAAAAACUAAAGAGGUUUCCACAAAGAAAGAUGAUGAAACACAGACAGCAGAGCUCACAUUGGAUCCCAGUAAGAAUCAGUGCCAAACCACAAAACACGAUCCUAAAGAAGAACUUUCAUCUCAGUCGCAGUGCCCAUCUCUAUUGGUUAGUAAACACGGUGCUUAUUCAAUUGAAGAAGAAGAAGAUGAAGCUGAUUCCAGUGAUCCCCUCACUUACUACACAUACUUCGAAACAAAAUAUACCCAGUACCAUGGACAGGUCUUAAGCCACAAUGUUGCCCAACAAGGGCCAUCAGCAAUGCCAUCAAGUCCUUAUUAUGAAUACUCGCUCCAAACCCCAUGUCGUGAAUUUUUCCAGACAUCCGAAUACAAGUAUUUUGAGUCCUCCCAAAAAACAUCUGAGAAGCCAUCCUCUGAUGCCCAGAAGUCCUUAGCUGGAGCUCAGGGAGGGCCACCAUCAGGUAGCUCAGAAGAGAAGCAAGAGAAGCCUAAGUCACCCUACAAGUUCAAGUGGCCUUGGCACUAGGUACCAGCUGCCAAUGUUAUUGGUCGAGGCAGGUGUGUAUCUAAGCAUCUAUUCCAGUCCUGACCAAUAACAUCAGUUGACCUCUUCUCAAGAGAUUUUUUUUCUUUCCUUUACCCUCUCCUCUUCUCAUCUUAAUCAGCACCAUUAUAUACAGAGUGAAUCUUUUUGGUGCCCAAACUAGAAUAAAAGAAAUUCAUUUCUCUCGGUAGGUAAUAAUAAGAUUAAUUUAUUUAUAUAACUUUUAAUUCCUCGUCGCUCUAGGGUGACCUUCUUAUUACUGGUUGCUACAAAUCAGGAACUUCUGUUAGAAUGAAGAAUCAACACGGGGUUAAACGGGAUAAUAAUAAUAAUAAUAAGAGCAGAAUCAUAUGCAAGGAAAAGUAUCCAGGAGGAACUGGCCAUAGCAACCAGUUACCAUUCUGAAGCAAAAUAACAAUCCGUGAUGCUCGUCAGAAGAAAAAGCUGCUUUUAUUCUAAUAUGGUUUACUUUUAAUUAUUAAUUAUAUAAUAAUAAUAAUAAUAAUAAUUAAUAAUUUUAAACUGUGAAAUCUUCAAAAGUCUCUUUUUCAUUUCUCUUCCUUCCUUAUUGCUCAAAUGAAGUUCGAAUGUAAUAAAUAUAUUUACUCUCAAUAAAACAUGAUUUAUUGAAUCUACUA